CCCUAUACUGUCCUCCACUUACUUCUUCUUCAUCAGUCACUCACACACUCACUUCAGGCCAAAAAAGCAAAAAGAAAGAAAACUCACCCGAGACCUCAAUCUCUCUCUCUCUCUCUCUCUCUCUACCCUAAACGGGAAAAUGGAGCUCCGCCCGGCUAUCUCCGCCGGGACCAUGGUCAUUUCCAUGGUUUUUCUGCUUAUUUCCACAACCCACGCGCACAACAUCACGCGCAUCCUGGCCAAGCACCCAGAGUUCUCCACCUUCAACCACUACUUAACCCUCACCCACUUGGCCCCGGAGAUCAACCAGAAGACCACCAUAACCGUCUGCGCGGUCGACAAUGCUGCCAUGAACGACAUCCUCGCGAAGCACCCUUCCAUCAACACCAUCAAGAACAUGCUCUCCGUACACGUCCUCUUGGACUACUUCGGCGCCAAAAAAAUCCACCAGAUCAGGGACGGAUCUGCAUUAGCCGCCACUAUGUUCCAAGCCACCGGCUCGGCUCCUGGAUCGGCCGGCUUCGUCAACAUUACCGACUUAAAAGGCGGCAAGGUCGGUUUCGCAGCCAAGGACAACGACGGUACGUUCCCGUCGCAUUUCGUCAAGUCCGUCGAGGAGAUUCCGUACAAUAUCUCGGUGAUCCAGAUCAGCGGCAUUCUUCCGUCGGAAGCUGCCGAGGCUCCGACACCGGGUCCAUCUGCGCUCAACCUCACCGGAAUAUUGUCGGCUCACGGUUGCAAAGUUUUCGCCGAUACUCUGCUCGCGUCGUCGGACGCAGAAAAGACGUUUCAGGACAGUCUCGACGGCGGAUUGACGGUUUUCUGCCCCUUGGACGAUGCGAUGAAGGCGUUCUUGCCGAAAUACAAGAAUCUGACAGCCGCCGGGAAAGUCGCUCUGUUGGAAUAUCACGGCGUUCCGGUUUACCAGUCGAUGUCUAUGUUGAAGUCGAAUAAUGGGCUCAUGAACACUUUGGCUACUGACGGAGCUCGUAAGUUCGACUUCACAGUUCAAAACGACGGCGAAGAGGUCACUUUGAAGACCACGAUCGUCACGGCGAAAAUCACGGGGACUUUGUUCGAUGAGCAACCUGUGGGGAUCUACACUAUUAACAAGGUUUUGAUGCCCAAAGAGCUGUUUAAGGCUGAGGCUCCGACGCCGGCGCCGGCUCCGGCUCCUGAGGAGGCGGCGGAUUCGCCGAAGCCGUCGAAGAAGAAGUCGAAGAAAGCUCCGUCUCCGGAUACCGAGGAUUCGGAUUCCCCGGCUGAGUCGCCUGAUGAUGAUCCGGCUGAUCAGACGGCUGAUGAUGAUAAUGGAGCUGUUAGAUUUGACGGUGGGAGAUUUGGGCUUUUGGCUUUUGGUCUUAGUGUGUUGCUAGGAUUUUCACUGCUGUAAUUUUUUUUUUUUUUUAGUAGGAAAUAAUGAUGGAAAAAUUGGAGUGAAAAAAAAUAUUAAAUUUGUUUUAUGUGUGGUUUAUAUUUUGUAUUCUUGGUUUGGGUGGUUGAGAGAAUUUGUGAGGCUUUGAAUUUUGUUGUCGGUGGAAAUUUAUUUUUUUUUAGUAUUUGUUGUAGAUUUAUUUAUAUAUACACACCCUAUAAUUUUCUUGCA